GAGAUCAAAGCAUCAAGGUCAGGCCUUCAGAAAAAGAGGAUGUUUUUGAGAAUAAAGAAGAAAUUUAUGAUGAUAUAAUUAUAGAAUAUAAAUCUUGGUUUUUCCUCGAACAUAUUGAAACUGAAGAAUAUUAUUUAAGACUUUUUGAACUUAUUAAAGAAAAGGAAAAUGAAGAUAACUAUUCAAAACUUUGCAGAGUAAAUGCUUUUGAGACACUGGUUAAUGAAAGAGAACUUAAAAGAUCAGAUAUUGCAAAAAU